AUGAUGGGAGGUACCAGCACUAUAACACUAAGGGCCUUUAUUACCAUCUGUUUACUCUGUGUAUACGUUGUGUACGUACCGUCGCAUUGUUCCGUUGUCGUUGACGCUCCAUCAUCUUCAACACAGCCGUCUCCGCGGUUUACGGGUGUCAAGGGCAUUGGCAUUGACGAGCGUGUUGAGCCAUCUCCCACUGUUCGUGUGUACGCGUACACCCCUAGGGGUUCCUUCAACCCAUCGUCGUCUCUUUAUGCCGAUAGAAUUACACGUGCCUUGGAGUGGCAAGCAUACAGGUCAGAGGCAUUGAACCUAAAAAAUUUACACUCUCGUUUAAUGCAUAACCAGCGUCGUCAAUUAGGUCGAAUCAUAGAUGCGUCGGAGAAGCGUGGUUGA